GUGUCAUGACAACAGGACGACGGCUGCAAGCAAGAGGUUGAGAAAUGUGAUUGGUGUAUGAAGAGAGAGCAAAAACUCUGGGCUUUUAAGGGACUCACUUGUUCACAAUAAGAAGUAGCAUGUCGCUGUUCAAGGCUCGUGACUGGUGGUCUGCAGUCCUUGGCAAGGGGGAGGAGUUUGACCAGGGAUGCCUGUGCAUUGGUGAUGUGGACAACAGCGGCACUGGACAUGACAAAGUGGUGGUGGGCAGCUAUAUGGGAAUGUUGCGCAUCUUCUCGCCUCAUGCCAACGUAUCCAAUGAAGGAGGCCAGAAUCUAAUUGACUCUCUGCUACUAGAGGUCCAACUCCAAAAUGCAAUCAUCCAAGUGGAAAUCGGCAAGUUUGUCUCGUGUUCAGAACUUCUUCAUCUAGCUGUUCUUCAUCCCAGGAAGCUGUCAGUCUACUCUAUUUCAGGCACUGCAGGAAACGUGGAGCAUGGGGUCCAGUACCAGCUUAAAUUAAUUUAUGAACACAACCUGCAAAGAACAGCUUGCAACAUGACCUAUGGCGCAUUCGGUGGAGUCACAGGUCACCACUCCCUGUGUAUCCAGUCUAUGGAUGGAAUGCUGAUGUUCUUUGAGCAGGACAGCUACUCCUUCGGCAGGUUCCUUCCUGGUUUUUUGCUGCCUGGCCCCCUGGCCUACAAUCCCAGAACGGACAGCUUCCUUACCGUAUCAUCUGCACGGCAGCUGGAAUGCUACAAGUAUGAGACUCUGGCUGUAGCCACAGAGGCAGAGACCAGACCAGGCCCUGACCUGCCCCUGAGGACUGGAGGCAAAAGAUUAACGGCUGACUGGAUAUUAGUCCUAGGAGAACAGGCACUAGAUAUCUCUAUUUCCUCCUUCUCCCACUCCUCCUCCUCUAUUUUUGUUCUGGGUGAGAGAAACCUGUACUGUGUCCGUGACAACGGCCAAAUACGCUUCAUGAGGAAGCUGGAGUUUAAUCCCAGCUGUUUCCUGCCCUACUGCUCAGUCACAGAUGGCACAACCAACCUGUUGUUAUGUAACCACACCAACAUGCUGCUCGUUUACCAGGAUGUAACUCUGAAGUGGGCAGCCCAGCUAUCAUUUGUGCCGGUUGCUGUUCGUGUUGCUAGCUUUCCGGAUUUGAAGGGAUUGGUGGUGACUCUGAGUUCCGAUGGUCACCUAUUAUGUUCCUACAUGGGCACAGACCCGUCCUUCUUCUCCAUGCCCAAAGUGGAUGCCAGGGAAGCUGACUAUGAGCAGGUAGAUGCUGAAAUGAAGAAGCUACAGAAAAUCAUCAGAGAAGCUUCCAGAACUCAAGACAUCCUGCCUAAAGCUGAGACUGAGGAGGACUUGACUGUUACAGUUUCUGUGUCCUCCAACAUGGACAGCCCAUCGCAAGCUCUGAUUCAGGAUAUCAAUGGUCUCCAAGUUCCCUCAGUAACUGUGAAGGUGAAGGUGAAAGCCAGUUGUGUCUUGCAGUCCUCUAAGCUGACUGUGGGGGUCCAGUCUCCUCUUGCCGUUACACAAGACCAAUUUGUCCUGGAACCCAUGGGUGUUGGCUCUUCUACAGUAGUGACGUUUUCAGUUUUCCUUAAUGGUCACUAUCCCCCUGCUGACCUGACAGGAGACAUAACAGUGUCCUACACCUCACCAACUGACCUUAAUCCCAGAGGAGUUCCCAGGAUUCUCCAGUCCAAGUUUAGUCUUCCUUUGGCAUUGGUGUGUGUUUCUUCCUCCGCGGCCAAAAACACCAAGUUUAAAAUCACUGUGGACACCAACCAGCCUCCAGUUGACCUCAGCUCCAUCUUCCCAGAGUUUUCAGACAAGUCUGAACACAAGGAUGGCAAUAGUUUGGCUUUGCAAUUCCUCUCAGGAGCCAAGGUUACCAUGGUGGCCUCUAAGACCUCGCAGCGUUACCGUAUUCAGAGUGACAGUUUUGAGGACAUGUGGUUGGUGGUGAAGGAGUUGGUUCAAAGGUUUGACUUGCAUUUUUCCAAACUGGGGGUCAAAGACUUCAAGAAAAGUUUCAGUGGACCACUCCCCCUGCAAGAGUACUUCCUGUCUGUAGACAACCAUUUUCAGUUACGUGUUAGUGCUCAGCAGUACCAGGACUUGCUGUCAGAGAGGGCUGUCCAGUUCAGAGCUAUUCAGCGCCGCCUACUGACCCGUUUCAAGGACAAAACUCCAGCACCUCUGCAAAAUCUGGACACUCUUUUGGAUGCUACUUAUAACCAGGUGAUGGCUUUGGCAGAGGCUGCAGAGGAGAACCGGGCAUCGCUGGAGGAGGCUUUUACCCGUUUAAGGAGUGCCACACACCUGCUGCUUCUGCUGCUUUCACUGUGGCAGAACUUGACCCCUGACCAGACCACCAUCCUGGAGGCCACGCUGCUGCCACAACAGGACACACCACAGCUGGGUUGGGAGGAGAGUUGUGACGCUGCUGUUUCCCACCUCUUGAGGAGCUGCUUGUCGUGGAACCCUAAAGAUCAGGCGACCUCACUUGCCCAGAUUGAUGCACCCAUUCUGGGGUUCCCUCAGGAAACUGCCCGCCUCAAGAACCACAUCACCCUACUUUGUGAUCGCAUCGGCAAAGGAGGACGUCUUAGUCUGACCUCUGAGGCUAAUGUUCAGGUUCCUGCUCAGGUCCAGAACCUUGCUGCACCUGGUGGUGUUGAGCCAAUCGCAGAGGUGGCUGGUGAUGGGGAAGAGCUGAGCCUUCCACAGGAGGCAACAAAGUUCAUCAAGAAGACUCACCCAUCCAAGAAAGUCAAAAAAGAUAAGGACUCCAAGGAGAGGAAGGAGGCCUCUAAGGAGUCAUCAGAGGCAUCUGUAAAAGAAGAGAUGGGUGGUGCAGAAAACUCUGUCAAGGAGGUCAAAAAAGAGAAGACGGAAUCGUCAAAGGAGAAAAAGGAGUCAAAAAAAGAUUCAAGUAAACAGUCCAAGGAGGAUGCAAAGAGGGAAUCUAAGAAAGACUCUUCUUCUUCCAAGGAAAAGAAAGAGAAAAAGGAAAAAGACAAGGAAGGAAAGGAUUCCAGCAAGGAGGUGGCAGACAAAAAAGUUUCUGGGAAGCCUUCUGUUAAAGUAAAGGAGAAGAAGAAGGAACCAGAGACUGAAGAAGGCUGACAGGUUUAGGGAAACAAGCUUGGAGAAUAUGCAUUUAUACACAUCCAGUACAUAUUCACACAUAAACCAAACAUAAUGAAAUGCAUAUAAAUGGCUGUUCAUAUAACUGGGCAAUCAGGAUAACUAAUCAUUCUGCAUUUUUGUGUCAUUUUUAGAUCAAUAUUACUGCAGUAUUUUUAGCAUAGAUUUGCACCGAUGAGGCAAACACCAGUUUUUCUAACUAUACAUAGUUCUGUGGCAACAGGAGAUGUUCCCAUUAAUAUACCUUGACUGUGACAUGCAAUUUGCUUUAUAAUGAACCAAAAAGGUUUUGUAUAUUUUGACAUUGUGUUUGGACGUGUGUUUCAGCAAUAUCUGUCUAAAUCAGACUUAGUACAUAGUAGAGUUAAGAAGCCGGAACCAGCAGCUGAAAGCAUUACUGCAAUUCUUCCCUCUCCUAAGUUGUAAUUUCAUCAGUCAAAUUUCAUUAGCAGCAAAACAACCUAUUACACAAAGAAGGCAUAUAUUAAAAUUGAUCAUCAUCAUCAAACAUCACCAGAAAGCCUACACUUAUUCUGUACAUACCUACAAACAGAAGGGGCAGUGUAAGUCCAUAUACAGCUCCACACAUAUACUGUCUAAUCAUACUGAUUGUUUAUAUCUGUACAUACACAGUUCAGGAUACAUAGUUCAAUGUAGCACAGAAACUUAUUAGAUGCAUUUUUUAUUGUUUAGUAAUUGCUCGCUUUUCUCUGUCUCUGUGCUGUUGGGCCACACCACAUCCAGUAGGUCUGAUGCAUUUGUAUCGAGAGACUGUGGUGAAGUCUAGGCCCAUGAAGAAAAGGGAUAAAGGCAAAGUCCACCUCCUCCUUCCCUCCUCAGACUUUUUGCUGACUCUCUACUUCCUCUUUCCUACUCCACCUCAUCAGUUUUUUCUUCUAGUCUGAGCAGCAGUUGAGCCCACAGCCCUGCACCUCCCUAAUCCCAGUUAGGCCCCAAACCGCCCCCUCGUCUACACACACUUCUGGAUGUGACGUCAGACCCGCCCUCUCGCCCCCUUGUGUGGCACCAAGCCUCACCACUAAGGAUAACCGGCUGUUGCAUCCAACUAUGCCGAUUCUUCCGGGUAAAUUAAGGCCACAUCCUACAACCACCAGUCCUUGGGCUACUGCAUCCAGUUUUUUUUUCCAUCUGGUAUACUCAAGGACAUGUGGACACUAAUUUUGAUGUCGUUUGGUCGUUGCUGCUGGGGUAUUAACCGGUGUGCACUUAUACAAAAA